UAAACCUAGUGCAUGUAAAUGAUAGCUAAUAGUACAAGCAAAGCAAACAUUCUCCUACUCUCCUAUAUACAACUAUAGUAGAUAACUAACAUAAGUUAUAUUAUUCCAUAUAUGCUAGCUAAGUAGUAUAUAUGACCUUAAUUAAACCUAAACCAUAUUCCCCAAAAAAAAUCUUUCAAUAGACUUUGUGGAUACAUAACUGUCUCUUGUGAUCAGAAAUAACUAGAGAGAGUAAGUUAUGAAUGAAUCAAGCACUCAAGCAGGUGAUAUUAAUAGCAAAUCCAAAGGGAUGAUGGUAGUACUAUACAAAGAAUGUCUUAAGAAUCAUGCUGCUGCCCUUGGUGGCCACUCCACUGACGGCUGUGGCGAGUAUAUGGCCUCCUCCAGCGACGACACUCUCUUCUGUUCGGCAUGUGGCUGCCAUCGCAACUUCCACCGUAAAGAAGUGGACAUGGGUGGUGCCAGUCAUACAAAUUUACCAGAAUACCUCUUUUGGUGUAAUACUAGUAUUGUUCCCAAAAAUCAAGUACUAGAAUGCCAACAAAAAGAGGGUGUCAUUCCUGCUGCCACAACCUCGGAGAAUGAAGGGGAACAAACAAAGGUAGAAGGGAACAUAAAUAGUAAGAAGAGGUAUAGAACUAGAUUCACAAAUGAUCAAAAAGAGAGAAUGUUGGGAUUUGCUCAGAAAGCAGGGUGGAAAAUUCAGAAGUUGGAUGAAGAAUCAGUGCAGCAAUUUUGCCAAGAAGUUGGGAUUAAGAGAAGAGUGCUUAAGAUUUGGAUGCACAACAACAAACAUCUUUUUGCUAAGAAAAUCACAAACUCUAGCCUUGAUGAAUUGCAUGAUGCUAGUGAUUACUCUAAUAAAUGAGUAAUGCUGCUAGGUAGUUCUUCAUAAUUAGUGUUCUUAAUUUCUUUUCAAAACCAGCUAGAAUUCUUGUCUCUCUACAUUCUUUUAUGCUGUGUAAUUUACAUAAAAGUUGGGUUGUUUAGAAUAACAAUGACAUUCCAUUGUUGAUUUUGGAAUUUGAAAUCCGAAAUACUUGUUGAGUUGUUUGUUACUUCUUAUACUAACUUCAACAUGCAGGCUACUUCCCUCCAUUGCUUAUUAUAGGAUAACUGAACUUGUGAAAGAGAUUCACAAACCCAAAUCAAAUAAUCUCUAAUAGAUGAUGAGUUGCCCCAGCACCAGCUCCUCCUGGCUCCUAUCGCCCGUCCACAAUGCGCAAACCUACAGGCUACACAUAAUCACUGCACAUGAAGUAAAGUUUCUCAUAGACUGCAUCUACAGCAACCCACGGAAUAUGUCGUCAGUGAUAGAGGGAACCUCAU